UUUCUAUUGACAAUAUUUUGAUCGGUUUAUAAAAUGUUUAAACUAUAGUAUUAAUUAAAUUAGGAAUUCUUGUAUAAUAUACUAUAAUAUAAAAUAUAAUAAUAAUCGAUGGGUUUCAUAUGUAUAAAUGGAUAAAACCUAAAAUUUGGUAAUGAUUUAUAAAGCAUAUGUUUCUUUUACCAGGCGUAAAAUUUCGUUUUUUGUUUUGCCCUUAUUGAUUGUAUCCUUUAUUUUUAUAAUAUACCAAGUCUCAAUAUUUGUGCAGCUCUCAAAUGACUCUAAAAAUCCAAAGAUUAUUCUUGUUAGAGGUGUUCACCCAAAAGAUUCCAGAUUUUAUGAACCAAAUAGAGAAAAUAAAUUUGUAUGUAUUAGAAGUUUAGAAGAGAUAGAUUUUAAGAAGGUUAACGAUGAUUACUGUGAUUGCCAGGAUGGAUCUGAUGAACCUGGUACAAAUGCUUGUCAGACUGGAGUGUUUUACUGUGAAAACCAAAACCAUUUACCAAAAUCAAUAGACUCAUCAAAGAUAAAUGAUGGGAUAUGUGAUUGCUGCGAUGGAUCAGAUGAAUGGAAAAACAUAGAUGUAUUACAAAACUUUAAUUAUGCACAACAAAAGAAGAUGCACAAAUAUCAUCCACGUUGUCCUAAUGUUUGCUAAUAGUGCCUUAUUAAGAGGUUCGAAUUACGGCUUUAAUUAAAUUUAGGCAUAUAUGAUUAAUGAUGUGUUAACGGUACAUAGAUUUUCCUUAUACCAAUUUUUGUAUAUAAUAAAAAUAAACUUUAAAAUUUGU